AGAGAGCGAGAGAGUGAGGGAGCGACGUCUGGCUGGGUGGUUUAUAAGGCGGGUGGCCGUGCGCGGGACUUAUCACUUGAUCAUCGCCCGUCUGCAGUCGGGAGGGGCAGGGUCGCCCAGGCGGUCAUCCGCGCCAUCUCGUGCACGCCCAUGUCCUUUCAGAACAUCUACUACAAGCGGGCCGUCGCCACCGCCCGCCCGUGCUACGUCUGCCACAAGCCGUCUACCACCGUCCUCGCGACUAUCCAGACCGUAGACUUCCUCUACACAUGCGACACCCAUCUCUCAGACCCGGCUUCGCCAAUGGGUCUUAGCCCGGAAGAGAUAGCGAAGGUGAAGCAGGAGUGGGAGGACCGGCAGAAGAAGAAGACGAAGGAGAAAGAUAAGGACGCGUCUCAGGACGGCGACAAGAAGUCAGACUCUACAGAGGACAAGGACUCGAAGACCUUCCAUGAGCGAUACACGCUGCAUCGUGACAUCUUCGCCUUGCGGCUGGCCGAGCAUCGCAGACGAAGGCAGACUGCUCAAGCCAAGGACUUGCACCACGGCUUCCGGGAGCACCCAGAUCAACCCUCCCACCCGCUGCUUGACGACGA